AUGGCUCGCAACUUUUUAACCAUGGAUCUCGACACAGUCACCGUGCGCGUCGGCGAAGCAGACACAGCAGUCGACAUCACCGUCUACCGCGAUAUCUUGUCGGCUGUCUCGCCUUACUUUCGCAGCGCUUUCGAUGGCCCCUUCGUGGAGGCUACCGAUCGCUCCAUAUGCCUGACAGACGUCACCAAUGAGACGUUCCGCAUGUUUCUACAAUGGGCACAUAGCCAAAAAUGUCAGCUGUCAAACGGCGCUGCUUUCCCACAACAUGCAAUACUUGUCCAAAAACCAACAAGGAAGAAUGUGGAACAAACUACCCCAGGCUCUGCAGAGCUGCAGCUUCCGCAUCGCACGAGCAGCAGCCCAGAUGCGAAGACUCUACCAGACACCACAGUAGCACUCGACGAGCUCGACGAGCACGAUGGCCUCAGAUCACUGUACCAUACAGACCCGGAAUGGAUCAACGGAUACCGCCUGUCGCUGCUUUCUUUCCUGCGUCUCUACGUCUUUGCCGACAAGUACAAUGUCCCCCAGCUACGAGACGACGUUUUGACUGCCAUGAUCGCACAGUCAAAUGCUUGGAAUUGGUGGCCUGAUAUUGAUCGAGAACUGUUAGACUCUGCACACGAAAAUCUACCACCGUCAUCCAAGUUCAUUCGCCUCUUCGUUCUGUCCACAGCCUACUGUUGGCUCCUGCAGCCUGAGACCUGCAGUGCUACUAGGAUACGUACGAUGAUGGAGAUGAAUGAAGAGUUUGCGUUUGAUGUCAUCGUUGUGCAAAACCAGAUGCUGAAGGAUAAAAUCUCGUCGGAGGGUAUGCCGCUUUGGUUAGAAGAUGCUGUGCCCAAUUCUUGCGUCUUGCACGAGCACCGGGUUCAAGAUGCAGAAAAAUGUCGAAAGCGCAUCCGCGACCAAUCGCAAAUCUUCACCGGACUCAUCGAGAUGUGCGCGCAAGAUGUCUUAGGAAUUACGAAAGAGUCUGGCGAGGAAUAG